AUGAAGUUUAUCCUCCUCUGGGCUUUUAUAAAUCUGCUUGGUGCCUUGGCCUACAAUCCAGAACACCAAGGUGGCAGCACUCCCCCCUACUUGGCCUACUUGUUGUCCGAUUACUUCCCCUGCACUGGAGUCCUGAUCCACCCUCUUUGGGUGAUCACAGCCGCACACUGCCAUUUACCGAGUCUAAGGGUUAUUGUGGGAAUCUCAAACCCAAACGACCCCAGUGAAAAGGAUGUGCAAGCGUCUGGCUAUGAGAAGAUGAUCCACCAUCCACAAUUCUCAGUCUCAUCUAUUGAGCAUGACCUCAUGCUAAUUAAGCUGAAAAGGCCUUUUAACCUCAAUGAUCAUGUGCAGGUGGUCAACCUGCCCCAAAGACUUCCCUUCAGGGGUAUGAAGUGCAGUGUCUCCACCUGGGCCUACAACUUAUGUGAUCUCUCCAAGUACCCUGACACACUACAAACUGUGAACAUCUCUGUAAUCUCCCAGACUGACUGUCGAAAUGCCUACCCAGCUUAUGAUAUCCAAGAUAAUCUGAUCUGUGUGGGCAUUGUGCCAGGAAGACGGCUGCCUUGCAAGGAGGUCUCAGCUGCCCCAGCCGUCUGCAAUGGGAAGCUGUACGGAAUCCUGUCUUACGCAGAUGGAUGUAUCUUAAGGGCCGAUGUUGGCAUCUAUGUGAACAUCUUUCAAUACCUACCCUGGAUCCGUGAAACAAUGGCAAAUAACUGA